CACAGGAGGCAGACCAGCUAAGAGCUCUUUCACUUAGGACAAGGAAGGCAGCGCAGUGAGACGCCACAUACUUUAGAAGCACUUGUCAAAACCUUUGGAGCUACACACCAGGGACCGAGAAAAUAACUCAUCAUGUGCAGAGGACUGGACUCACUGCCUAUCACCUGCCUGGAAAGGGCAAAGGAGCUGAAAGCUUUGUUUGGAAGUUUACUACAGAAGUCUGAUCACAGCAUCACAGCGCAGUCAAAGAAAAAUGACAAACUAAGAUUAAAUGUCAACGAGCCACUGAAAUGGAAGGAGUCAUUCGAGAAACUCUUGUCCAGCCACAAUGGACUGUGCAUGUUCAGAGCGUUCCUUGUGUCGGAGUUCAGUGAGGAAAACAUCGCCUUCUAUUUGGCAUGCGAGGACUACAGGACAACUAAACCUUCAAAACUGGCCGCCAAGGCAAAGAAAAUCUACGAGGAGUUUGUCUGCUCCGAUGCACCACGAGAGGUGAACCUUGACCAUCUGACCAAAGCGAUCACCAAGGAGAACAUGGAGCAGCCAAGUCAGUCGUGUUUCGAUGCGGCCCAAGCCAAAAUCUACACCCUGAUGGAGAAAGACUGCUACCCUCGUUUCCUCAAAUCAUCAACAUACUUGGAGCUGACCAGAAAGACCAAGACAGGCUAACUUAAGUUGAUAACUCCUCAAAAGGGACAUAAGCUAAGUGACGCACAGCUGAGACUGGAAGGGUUUCAGACGGAACAGAUACCUCAGUCCAAGGAGUUUCACGUCGGGUUGUGGAGUUUUCUUUAGAGAUUUCCAGAGGCUCCAUACAGACCGGGGAUCCGAGCUGGAAGCCGAAAGCACGCUUGAGUUUGCGAUGGGGAAACUGACACAGACCGGGCACCAGGCAACAUCUGCCUGUAAAAGAGGCACACGUGCUGCACAUAAAGUCUACAUAAAUGUCAGCUACAGUGGCAUGAAUUUAAAAGUGCAAAGAGGACGAGUUGCUAUCACACAACAAAACUACCACUUGGAGAAAAGCAUCUCCGUAGCAUUAAAGCUUAUUUAUUAUUUAUUUAUUUAAUUGUUGUUAACUUAAUGUUUGCUGUUGUUGAAAACUUUUUUUUUUAUCUGAAGUACUGUAUGUAUAAGUAAAUGCAUUGAAUAAAGAAUUUCUUGCCACAGAA